CCCUGCCACAGUCAGCCUCUCUCCUGGAAGCCUGCUAGUCAGGUAAGGGGCCUCCUCUGUCGCUGUUCUCUGCGGGACAUAGAAGCCCCUUCUCCUGCUAGGCAUUGUAGCCGAGACCAGACUGAAGGCUGUGAACCCCAGGCUUGCCAGGACUCAAGAGGUAGAAGGCUUGGGGGCAUCCCAAGGACCUGGGUAAGAGGCAGACAGAUCCCAAGGUCUGAGGCUGCUCUCUCCGCAGCCCUCACCCCGGCAGGAACAGCAUGCCCGGCCCUCCCAGGUUCCUCCCAGACCCCAGCUUCACCUGCAGUAGGACGCCCUGCUGCCUGUGGCCCUCCCUGCAGAAGAUUGCAGCCAUCCUGUGUCUGCUGCUGCCCAGCACCUCCCUGUCCCCCACCUGGGGGCAGGCCAAGAUUCCUCUGGAAACGGUGAAGCUGUGGGCAGAUGCCUUUGGCAGGGACCUGUAUGACACCGCGACCAAAUACUCAGGCUCCCUCUUGCUGCAGAAGAAAUACAAGGAUGUGGAGCCCGGUCUGAGGAUCCAGGAGGUGGAUGGCUUGGAGCUGGUGAGGAAGUUCUCAGAGGACAUGGAGACCAUGCUACGCAGGAAAGUGGAGGCCGUCAAGAACCUGGUGGAGGCCGCCGAGGAGGCUGACCUGAACCACAAGUUCAACGAGUCUCUGGCGUUUGACUAUUACAACUCGGUCCUGAUCAAUGAGAGGGAUGCGAACGGCCAGUACGUGGAGCUGGGCGCUGAGUUUGUCCUGGAGCCCAACGCGCACUUCAGCAACCUGCUGGUGAACACGUCCCUCAGCAGUGUGCAGCUGCCCACCAACGUGUACAACAAAGAUCCAGAUAUUUUAAAUGGAGUCUACAUGUCUGAAGCCUUGAACCCUGUUUUUGUGGAGAACUUCCAGAGAGACCCGACACUGACCUGGCAAUAUUUUGGCAGUUCAACUGGAUUCUUUAGGAUCUAUCCAGGCAUCAAAUGGACGCCUGACGAGAACGGAGUCAUCACCUUCGACUGCCGAAACCGCGGCUGGUACAUACAGGCCGCUACUUCCCCCAAGGAUGUCAUGAUCGUGGUAGACACGAGCGGCAGCAUGAAGGGGCUGCGGAUGACGAUUGCCAAGCACACCAUCACCACCAUCCUGGACACGCUGGGCGAGAACGACUUUGUCAACAUCAUCGCGUACAGUGACUACAUCCACUACGUCGAGCCUUGUUUCAAAGGGAUCCUUGUCCAGGCGGACCGGGACAACCGCGAGCAUUUCAAACAGCUGGUGACCGAGCUGAUGGUUAAAGGUAUGGGGGUCGUGGACCAAGCCCUGAGGGAAGCCUUCCAGAUCCUGAAGCAGUUCCAAGACGCCAGACAAGGAAGCCUCUGCAACCAGGCCAUCAUGCUGAUCACGGAUGGGGCCAUGGAGGACUACCAGCCAGUGUUUGAGAAGUACAACUGGCCGGACCGCAAGGUUCGCGUUUUCACCUACCUCAUUGGGAGAGAAGUCACUUUUGCUGACCGCAUGAAGUGGAUCGCGUGCAACAACAAAGGCUACUACACGCAGAUUUCCACACUGGCGGACGCCCAGGAGAACGUGAUGGAGUACCUGCACGUGCUCAGCCGCCCCAUGGUCAUCAGCCACGACCACGACGUCACCUGGACCGAAGCCUACAUGGACAGCAAGCUCUUCACCUCGCGGGCACAGAGCCUGACGCUCCUCACCACCGUGGCCAUGCCCGUGUUCAGCAAAAAGAAUGAAACGCGGUCCCACGGCAUUCUCCUGGGGGUGGUGGGCUCCGACGUGGCCCUGCGAGAGCUGAUGAAGCUGGCACCCCGGUACAAGCUCGGGGUGCACGGGUAUGCCUUUCUGAACACUAACAAUGGCUACAUCCUCUCGCAUCCUGACCUCCGACCCCUGUACAGAGAGGGGAAGAAACUGAAACCCAAACCUAACUACAACAGUGUGGAUCUCUCUGAAGUGGAGUGGGAGGACCGAGCUGAAAUCCUGAGAACAGCCAUGAUCAACGGGGAAACGGGUUCUCUCUCGAUGGAUGUGAAGGUGCCGCUGGACACAGGGAAGAGAGUUCUUUUUCUGACCAAUGACUACUUCUUCACGGACAUCAGUGACACACCUUUCAGUCUGGGAGUGGUGCUGUCCCGGGGCCAUGGAGAAUACAUCUUCCUGGGGAACACAUCUGUGGAAGAAGGCCUGCACGACCUGCUGCACCCGGAUCUGACCCUGGCCAGCGACUGGAUCUACUGCAUCACGGAUAUCGACCCCGAUCACCGGAAGCUCAGCCAGCUGGAGGCCAUGGUCCGCUUUCUGAAAGGGGAGGACCCAGACCUGGAGUGUGACGAGGAGCUGGUGCGGGAGGUGCUGUUUGACGCGGUGGUGACGGCCCCCAUGGAAGCCUACUGGACAGCGCUGGCUCUCAACGCCUCUGAGGAGUCCGAGCGCAUGGUAGACAUGGCUUUCCUGGGCACCCGGGCCGGCCUCCUCAGAAGCAGCUUGUUCGUGGGCUCUGAGAAGAUCUCCAACAAGGAGUUCCUGACCCCCGAAGACAAGGCCAGCGUGUUCACCAUGGACCACUUCCCUCUGUGGUACCGCCAGGCCGCGGAGCAGCCCCCUGGCAGCUUUGUCUUCAACCUCCGCCCAGCAGAGGGACCAGAAGGUCCGGGUGAGCCGGGGGUGGUCACAGCGAGCACAGCUGUAGCCGUGACCGUGGACAAGAAGACGGCCAUCGCUGCAGCGGUGGGCGUCCAAAUGAGGCUGGACUUCCUGCAGCGCACCUUCUGGGCAGCCACACAGCAGUGCAGCGCGGGGGAUGGGCCGUGCCCACAAAGCUGUCAGGACAGUGACCUGGACUGCUUCACCAUCGACGACAACGGGUUCAUCCUGAUCUCAGAGAGGCCCCAGGAGAUGGGAAGGUUUCUGGGGGAGGUGGACGGUGCUCUCAUGACCCAGCUGCUCAGCAUGGGGGUAUUCAGCCAAGUGACCAUGUAUGACUACCAGGCCAUGUGCAAACCCCCGAAUCACCAUCACAGCGCAGCCCGGCCCUUGGUCAGCCCCAUCUCUGCCCUUCUAGCUGCCACCAGAUGGCUGAUGAAUGAGCUCUUGCUGUGGCUGCUGGAGUGGAGUGCCUGGGGCUCCCCGCAUGCGCACAGAGGGGCCGCGGCCAAAGCUGUCUUCCAUCACUCCCACAAGCACAAGAAACAGGACCCGCUGCAGCCCUGCGACACGGAGUACCCUGUGUUUGUGCACCAGAGGGCCGUCCGGGAGGCCAGCGGCAUCAUCGAGUGUGGCGCCUGCCAGAAGAUAUUCGUGAUGCAACAGAUACCUCAUAGUAACCUUCUCCUCCUGGUGACAGACCCCAGCUGUGACUGUAGCAUCUUCCCGCUCAUCCUGCAGCAGGCUACAGAAGUCAACUAUAACGCCUCCAUCAAGUGUGACAGAAUGCGCUCCCAGAAGCUCCGCCGGCGGCCAGAUUCCUGUCAUGCCUUCCAUCCAGAGGAGAAUGCCCAGGACUGUGGCGGCGCCUCGGCCACCUCCGCCUCGCUCCCCCUGCUCCUGCUCUUGUGUGCUUGGCUGCUGCUACCCCAGCUGCCGUGACACUCACCCCGUCCAACCUCGGUUUUGACAAGGUGAUCCUUCCAGAUACAUUUUAAAGAGUCAGCAACUAAUGUGGGAACCCAGCUCACUACAGUUGGGUUAUCAGCCAGGUCUGGGCUCAUCUCAGUCUUGAGCUAAUGGACCCUGCCUCCUGAAAUUGCUGGAUGAAACCAGAAGCCACUACCCAAAGACCUUCCAGGGCGCCUGGAGCCACCGCCCAUCUCAAUGGGCAUCCUCCCCUUCCUCCCUCCUCUUCAGGAGCCCAGUGUGAGCUGAACCUGGACUAAGACAAAAGGAUUUAAUCUACUCUCCAGAAGUCCAGACUCAGCCAAAGAAAGGGUCAGCUAUUUCUAAUGAACCUGGUUGGUCUCCAGUGGAACCCACGGACUUAAAGAUACCGAGAAAGAGGAGCAGAACGAGACCAACAAUACCAACAGCAGAAAUGAGGUCAAAGCAAGAACAAGCCCCUGCCCAAAACAUAACUGCCUCAAAGUGAGAUGCAUGGUGGGGGCACCUCAAUUUCCUUCUGCUGCUCAAGAGUUCUAACUGUGUGUG